AAGGGAGCAGAAGUGAGCGACCAGGCUUGCACAGAGCCAUACACAGCCUCCAGACCUGAACUGUUGGUCAAUGUUUGUCCUCCUGUGGUAAAGACUUUUGAGAAUAAAGCAUGGUGAGAAACAUUGAUGAUCUGGAAUUCUGCCUCCCCUCUCACUCAGACUCUAUACUAUCGGGCCUGCAGUCUCUUCGUUUUAACCCUCAACUCUCAGAUGUCACCCUUCUUAUUCAAGGACGGGAGUUUCCUUGCCACCGGGCAGUGCUGGCUUUGUGCAGCCAAUAUUUCCUUGCUAUGUUCACUGGAAACUUCCAGGAAAGCAUCUCUGCUCAUGUGGAGAUCAAAGAGGUAGAUGCAGACCUUAUGGAGACACUGAUUAAUUUUUGUUACACUGGCCGUCUCACCAUUAACAAGGACAAUGUAGAGGGGCUUAUCCUUAUUUCCAACCAGCUUAAUUUCCCUGCUGUGCGAAAGGUGUGUAUACGUUAUUUGCAACAACAGAUGGAUGCCACCAAUUGCCUAGGAAUCUGGGAAUUUGGUGAAACGCAUGGCUGCCCUGAGGUGACAGCAAAGGCCUGGUCUUUCCUACAGGAGAACUUUGAGACAGUAUACCAAGAAGAAGAAUUUCUACUUCUGCCUCAUGAGCUUUUGCUUCGGUACUUGGGUGAUCCCCUGCUACAAAUGAGAGAAGAUCAGAGUCGGGCAAAGGCAGUACUUCAGUGGGUGAGACAAGAUGAAAAGACCAGAGCUCCCUACCUACCAGAGCUUCUUAGCAUAGCCAGGCUGUCAAACUUGACUGACCACUGUCUACAAGAGCUGGAAUCUGAACCGUUGAUCAGUGAAUCUGAGCCAUGCAAAGCUCUGAUCAGAAGGAAUCUCGGAGAGGUGACAAAGGGACAUACAGAGCUGGCCACUGUGUCUCUUCAGCAGGUGGUGGUGGUGGUAGGGGGCAAGGUGCUGGAGGAGGAAGAGGAGGAUGAUGAUGAGGAUGAAGAUGAUGAAGCACCUCCCAGAACAUUGCCAAAUGUUGCCUACUAUAAUCCUAAAACCAAGAUGUGGAUGGCUCUCCCAGAUUUCCCCGAUUAUAAUAAAUGGGGAUUCUCCGUCACCUCCUUGAACAAUGACAUCUAUGUUACAGGAGGCUCUCGAGGUUCUCGAGAUGAUUCAUGGUCCACCCGUCAUGGCUGGUGCUUUGUAUUGAAUGAAGGAUUGUGGAAGCCAUUAUUGCCUAUGAUAAAUCCACGUACCAACCACGCUAGUGCCUCUUUAAAUGGGGAGGUAUAUGUCGUUGGAGGGACUCUGCAGGAAGCAGUGGAGGUGGAGUGUUAUGAUCCCUACAGUGGCACAUGGUCAGCAGUAAGCCCCGCACGGAAAUAUGUCAGCAACUUUACUGCUGUUGGCUGCAGUGGAAAGUUGUAUGUGGUUGGUUCUUGUGCUGUAAAGUACAAUGCACUAACCCUUCAAUGUUACAAUCCAUCUAUAGAUAGCUGGAGUGUCAUCGCAUCGCCAUUUAUUCCAAAGUAUCUCUCCUCUCCUCGCUGUUGUGCACUAGGAGGCGCUGUCUAUCUUAUUGCUGACAACACCAAGAAAGUUUACAUGUAUCGUUUAGAAGCGAACCUAUGGAAGAAGGUGCAGCUCCUGCAUACCCUUCAUGAGAAUGGAGGCAUGACUUCUGUGGGCUCACAAAUCUAUGUGACAGGUGGCCACUGGCAUGGCAUGGCACGUGAAUAUAAUGUGGUGAUGGAGUCAUAUGAGAGCAUUACUGAUACUUGGACUCGGGAAGGGGCCCUGCCAAGCCGCUGGAUGUACCACUGCACAUCUGCCAUCUUCAUGGACACCUCUCGUUGGCCUAGCAUAUUCCAAGGACAAUCAGAACUUGAGGUUUGACAGGACAUAUACUCAAUGGAAUGUGCA